AUGGAUGAAGAAAUUAUGAUAGAACUCCAGUCUUGUAUACUCGGUUUAAAUAUAACAGAUUUAAAACAUUUUGGUAUAAAAAUGAAGUGGCUCACCGUUGAGACAACAGAAGGCAAAGGGAAAUUCGAACUGAUUAAGACUAUUCGCACUGCUUUUGAAGACGAAGCCAGCGAGUGUGAAGAAAACGGGUUUUUAGACCUAGUGGAAAAAAUUAAAUCGCUUUUGUAUGAGCAAACUUUAGACAAAAGUAACAAAGACACAGAGAAAGCCGAGAAGAAAAAACAAGAACUGGUAGAACUGGAGACACAAUAUGAACAAUUGUCAAAGGCACAAGAGGAAUUAAAACAGAAGAUGCAACUAUUAGAACUUGCCCAGAAAAAGUCUAACUUGUCGAAUAAACCAACCGGAAAGCCCGAAGCCAAAGCAAGUACCAGUGGUGAAACUGAACUGUCUGGUCUUAAUGCAAGUAUUUUUCGAAGGGAGUUUAAGAUACAAGGUCAGAUUGGUGAACCCGGACAGAAAGACAAAUUGACCUAUCAGUCGUUAAUCUCGCAGAUCGAAAUCGGGUUAAAGAAAGGCUAUACCGCAGAGCCCGAAGUAGUUACUGCAGUUAUUCGCUCCAUUCAAGCUGGAUUACAACUACGCAGCUACUUGGAGGGACUGAGUAGAUUAACACUGAAGACCCGCAGUCGUUCCUUAUUCGCGUUUUGACCACUCGACAAAAGAUUGUCUUUGCAUCACAGGAAUCGGACAGUAAAAUUAAGUAUGAUGAAGAAUUGGUUCAAGGACUAUUCCUUCAUGCUGUCGAAACUGGCCUAGCGGAUGAGACUAUUCAUGCAAAGAUCAGACCCCUGUUAAAGAAUCCUUCUGUGGCUGACGAAGAUUUAAUCGAGGCGAUGAGCCUAGCUAUGUCGGCAGAAUCGGAGCGAGCUAACAAAUUUACGCAAGGAAAACCGGUUAGACCGUCGACAAAGAUAUCAAAAGUGGAAGCUGGGGCCAGCGGUGAACCGAAGGAAAACAACCCAAGUAACCAGCGGGAAAAUCAGAUCCUGGCUACACUCAAGGCCAUACAGUCAGAACUGAACACUGUUCAAUCGGAAGUGGCAAGCCUCCAGAAGAAAGUUGAUGACAAAGACUACCCUCGUAACCAUCCUCCUGCAGAAGGUGCAGCCAGAAGUGACAACAUGUCGCGACCCAGAAGUUUUUACCCCAGACAAUGUAAAUCGUGUUACGAAAACAAACAAGUGGAUUGCUCCCAUUGCUUUAAGUGUGGCGGGCCCAACCAUACUGCACGCUUCUGUCGGUCGGGAAACGGCCGUCGGCUACCCCCGCGGGACAGGGAGUAGCCCCUUCAGUAAAGAACACGUCACUGUUGUAACUGUUGUCAGAAAGAAGAAAGAAAUGUAAAUUUUAAACGUUGCUCCGCUUGUAAGUUGGUAUAUUAUUGCUCGACUGAAUGUCAGAAGAGACAUUGGAAUGACCACCAAUCACUUUGUAAAGCUAUUCAGGGCUUACCAAAGCCACAGGGAGAACAUGUCAAAGGACUUGGUGAUGGUUGUGACUCUAGUGUUUUUGUUAGUCAUAUAACCCCUAAACAGCAAGCUGCGGUUGCAAGAUUAGUUGGUAGAAAAUGUUCUGUUAACUGUUGCCUAAAUAAUUUGAAAGUAACAGCCCUAUGGGAUACUGGAGCUCAAGUCUCUAUAAUUAUAGAACACGUCUUGAAACAACAAUUGCCUGACUUGGAGAUACGGGAUAUUAACGAGUUACUGGGAGUGGAUUCUGAUCUUAAGUUGACCGCUGCAAACGGAACUACAGAGUUACUGGGAGUGGAUUCUGAUCUUAAGUUGACCGCUGCAAACGGAACUACAAUACCUUAUAAAGGUUGGGUCGAAGCAAAAUUUCGGCUAGACGGUGAAAACGAGAAAGAAGUAACUGUUCCUUUUCUAGUGACUGAGGAACAUUUAGAUCAGCCAAUCAUUGGCUACAACGUUAUAGAAUUAUUAGUCAAAGACAAUGACAACCGGUCCAAGAACCCCAGUUUGGUACAGAGUUUAACCAGUAGUUUUGAAAAUUUGAAAGAAGAACAUGCGAAACAAUUAGUAAACCUGAUUGAAACGAACGAUUCGGAUUUCCUUUGUGAAAUUAAGUCAAUAAAACGGGACAUAGUCAUACCAAAGGGCACGACCGCCAGAGUACCCUGUCGGGCAAACACAGGCAGUGUCACCACAACGAUGCCAGUAUUGUUUGAGCCAGAUGAACAAUCACAAUGGCCUUCUGGUUUAAUUAUUCAAGAGACCCUUACAACAAUAAAAAAGGGGAAAGUCAACCAUUUUAGAAAUUCCUGUAUUCAAUAAUACACAGCAUGACAUAAUGUUAUCGAAACGGACGGUGUUAGGGCGAAUCCAACUGGUUCGUUCAGUUACUGAAGUUGAUGUGAGGUUGAAAGGUAGAGAAGACAACGAAGGGAGAGAUGUUAUGGCUCAGUCGGAAGCAUCGACAACAGGAGGGAAGGGACAUGAUACAAAUCAGGAAGAAAGUUUUACACCAAAAGUAGAUCUCAGCGGACUCACACCAGAACAGCAACAUGUCGCUCGGAAAAUGUUGUACGAAGAACGUGACGCUUUCGCCAAAAAUGAAGAUGACAUCGGUUGCAUACCAGACCUGCAAAUGAACAUCAACCUGACAGAUACGCGACCGGUGCAAAAGAUCUAUACAGUUAUCCCUCGUCCCCUGUACCCUGAGGUCAAGCAUUACCUCGAGGACCUGCUCAACAAGAACUUUAUUCGCAAGUCUAAGUCACCCUAUUCCAGCAGCGUUGUAUGCGUGAGAAAGAAAGAUGGGGAAAUGAGGUUAUGUGUUGACUAUCGAGAGUUAAAUAAGAAGACAGUACAAGACCGCCACCCAGAAUCCAGGAGACAUUGGACAAUCUUGGAGGCAAUGCAUGGUUCAGCACGUUAG